CUAAUAUGGAAUGCAGCAGGAAACCCAUGAUUUCCUGAUACUCGCAAGCUGGAGGAAGCAAGGGGGAAACUCCAUUAAAAAGCCCAGCUUCCCUCCAUGUUAGAUGCGAAGGGGGAAAGGGGGCGAGGCUGAGCAGGAUCCCAACGUGUCCUCGGCCGGCCGGGCGGGCGGGCGGGCGCGGGGAGCGCCAGGGGGAACCGCAGGCGGUUGACAUUUGUAGACGGCGAGGCCAGCAAGCCCCUAGGAUUCCGCGAGGAUGCGGGUUUCUCAGCUCAAACUAGAGGGGAACAGGGACAGAGGCUUCUGAGCAUUCUCCCAAACGUGCGUUGCCUUUCCUGACCAGUAUGGUAAGCGCGAGGGCACGUGCCAGCUGCCCGGGCCAGGUCCGCGCCAUCCCAGGCUCGCGAAGCGAGGCAGAGUGACCGGGAGCCCGCCCGCCGCCCGCCGCCCGCCGCCCGCCGCCCGCCCGCCGCCCGCCGCGCUCCAUGGGCUUCGGGAGCAGCCGGAGGACCCACGGCGGCGGCACGGUCCCCGCAGCUGGAGCCGCCGGGAUGCACUGCCCGGAGGGAGGCGACCGCAGCUGCGGCUGCAGUGGCACCGAGGACAAGAAGAUGCUGAAGUGUGUGGUGGUGGGGGACGGCGCCGUGGGGAAGACCUGCCUGCUGAUGAGCUACGCCAACGACGCCUUCCCAGAGGAGUACGUGCCCACUGUGUUUGACCACUAUGCAGUUACUGUGACAGUGGGAGGCAAGCAACACCUGCUUGGACUGUAUGACACUGCAGGACAGGAGGAUUACAACCAGCUGAGGCCACUCUCCUACCCCAACACGGAUGUGUUUUUGAUCUGCUUCUCCGUCGUAAAUCCUGCCUCUUACCACAACGUCCAGGAGGAAUGGGUCCCGGAGUUGAAGGACUGCAUGCCUCAUGUGCCUUAUGUCCUCAUAGGGACUCAGAUUGAUCUCCGAGAUGACCCCAAAACCUUGGCCCGUUUGCUGUAUAUGAAAGAGAAACCCCUCACCUACGAGCAUGGUGUGAAGCUUGCAAAAGCGAUCGGAGCACAGUGCUACUUGGAAUGCUCGGCCCUAACUCAGAAAGGUCUCAAAGCGGUUUUUGAUGAAGCGAUCCUCACCAUUUUCCACCCCAAGAAAAAGAAGAAGUGCUGUUCUGAGUGUCACGGCUGCUGUUCGAUUAUCUGAGGCUGCGGGGCCGGGCCUGCGCCCCACCCGACGGCGAGGGCGGGGUGGCAGCCGCGCUGAGACCGAGCUCAAGCCACGCAGGAGGCCAGGCCCGGGGAGGAAGCCCCUUGCCCGGGGCGGGGGGGCGGGAGCCCGCCGGCCCCGCCCGCCGCCCGCCAGCUGCGCCCCUCCAGCCCGCGGCCCCCGCUCCGCAGCCCCCAGCCACGGCGGGACCAGCUGCGCUCGCGUCUCCCCUCCAAGAACGUGAAGCUCAUCGAAAAUCAUCACCCAGCACCCCCAAGGGGAACUUGGUUCCCGAAGUGGUGGCCUUACCCGGUGUCUCCUACAAAAACGCAGGAAUUACUAUCCUAACCUUUUUCUCUGCAUCUGUGGUUCUACCUACGUGUCUUGCAUUCAUUUGCAUUAUUUUAAGAAAUGUACUAAUGUACCAAUUUACUCAGGCCUUGCAAGUCCCAAUUAGCCUAAAGACAAAGUAUUUUAUAUUCGUUUCCAUUUUCAGCGUGUUUCUGCCAAAGCUACAGAACCAACACGUACCUCUGAAUGCCUGACUGUAAGAAGAAAACGAGAAAAUGCUAAACCUUUUGGAAAUUUUACGCAGCCAGGAUUUGUGAACCUGGUUGAAAGAAGAACACGAGCACCACCUGAAUCGUUGCCGGGCCACAAUUUUGCCAAAGAUUCACCCCGGAAACGUUAUCACUGAUGCGGAGCCUUAUUUUUUUCCAUAUUUAUACUGUCAUGGGAAAUUACAAAUGAACUGUUUUUAAGAAAGUAUCAUUUCUGCUUUUUAAUCGAACUCCCUGGGGGAGAAUCUGGCCCACCUAGCUUUUAAAAUAUUCUUUAUUCUGCAAAGUGAACUUUCCCGCUCCCUUCCUUCCCCAACACAUGCUCUUUCCCCCUGGAUUUCAGUUUCUCCCUUGCCCAAUAAUAACCUGGGGCAUGAAAAGGGAAAUGUUUUAAAAGUCCCCAAAGGUUAAGCAAAGUGCUUCAAUUUAUCCACUUCAACCUGAAGCACUUGGCAGCUUGCCCCAUGUACACCCCCAGAUCUAUUUAGAUGACAUUUUCCAAGUACAGCUGGUGCUAAUACAUUGCCUCUCCCUAUCUCCUACACUCAUUGUCCCAGAUGUGUAUUUAGGGGAUGGAUCUGUGGGUACCAAGCCUUGAAUCUGUUCAUCCCCUGCUUCCAAAAUGAUGUGCUCUGUAGAACAGGAACCUCGGUCUUGGGAAGUAAAAGCUCCCAGUAAGGAAUUAUGUGCCCUUUCUGUAUACCUCUGCCAAACAUCCAGGGAUUCUUGUAUCACAGAAUGAAUUAUUUCCCAGCUUUUAAUUAGAGACUACAAAGUCUCCUAAUUAGUCUUAUUUGCUUGCAAUUAUCCUGGAAACACCCAGGUAGGCACUUUACUUUUUAUUUCAAUUGCAGAAGCAAAGUGCCUCUUUGCAGCAUCAAAUUACACUGAUUUCAGCAUACGAAUUCCAGAUUCACACUCCUUCUGUUGGAAAAAUCCAGUCUUUCUAGUCCCUUCUGCUCCUGGAGGAAGCACAUAAAAAAGAAACAUAUGAUGUGGGUCUUUUCUGGUGAGACCUUCCGUGACAUCCCCUCAGUUGUUUGGGUUUUGUUUGUUUCGAAUUUCUGAAAUGUGUUUUCCCUUCUUCUGCAUUGCAAGUCCUAUUUCCCUGCUUUCCCAUCUAGUUGCUAAACAUUUUCUUAAACAUGCACAUACACGCUCACGCACACACACACACACACAGACACACAAACCCCACACACUAAAAGAAAACGGGAGUUUUGUAAGUCAAAGCUUGACAUUUAGAGAAAACUAGGACUUUCUUCCUCUGUAAAUGGAAAUCAACUGUGCAUAAACUAUAACUCCGCAGAGGUUAUGAAUUUAUUCUUUACAAACAAUAAUGAGCAUUUAGCCCUGUAAUAAAUGAAGUGCUGUUA